UCUCCAUUGUCCCCCCCCCCCACCCCCCGGUUCGCCCUUCCUCCUCCUAUUUGUUUCGCACGGUUUUCCUUUCCUGGGGUUUAGAGAUUUGCUUCGUAGGUUGUUGCCCUCAAUUUACAGUAAUUCAACUAGAACGGUGUGGUCAUUCCUGCCUGAUCUACGUCCACAUCAGUGUAGUUGCUGCAUCACAUUGCUACACAUCAUGCCCAGUGGAAUUGUACUCUACAGUUUAGCUGCUAGAGUUGGCAUCUUGAUGGUCUCGAAUGCGCUGAUGGGAUUACGAAAUGCUUAUUGUGGUUGCGGGGAGAAGGUUUGGAUUAUGUAGAAGAACACUCUGGGACAUUCACUUUUUCGUAUUUUGCGACGAUGUGGGUUGUGCAAGGGCUUUUGCAAGAUAGCUCGCUGCAGUGGAAUGAGGAAGGUUUGUUUUAGCAUGGACCUUGGAGUGUCGAAGAGUGAAGAAAUAAUGCCAUGACAGGCUGUUUAGGAGUGGAGACUAAUUUUUGAAGGCAUAAGUUCAAUCGAUGUGACGCACUUCUUGGGUACAAUUGAUCGAGAGUGUGACGGAAGGGUUAUGCAGAGAUCGGACUUCUUACGUUGAAGAGAACUGGUUGAGAGCGUGCAUUUUUGAUUUGAAGCGGGAUUUUCUUCGAACGCAUUGAGAACACAAUUUAAAUAUCUAGUUUACAACCAGUAACAAGUCUCAUUUGGAAUUGAGUUCCCAAAAUAUUCAGCCAUGCAUGGCAGUUGAUUCUUCUAUGAAUAGUGAAGCGGCUUGUUCAAAUUCAGGUCGAUUUUUUAGUGUAAAUUCUCGUAGUAUAGAGAUCAUGGCACAAUGCGUCAGCAACCUUGAAGGGAAAGCAGAGUGUAGUGUGGUUUCUUCUUACCAUGAUUCGAAGUCGUGGGAAUUCUUGAAGCCCGCUGAACGAACGAAGUUUAAAAGUAUAUCCAGGGACAAGUCUAGGAAACUGAGAGACUGCGGCAAGCCUCAAGGCGGGGGAGUUGGGCCAUCAAACACCUCCCAAAGUACAGUGCGAUGUGUUGGGACAACUGACGUAAGAGCUGAAGGAUAUGGCGUGUAUGCUCUCCCCGUAGAGAACUCUAAUUCCGAGGAAUCAAGAGCUGGAGAUCCUCAGUUUGAAGUAACUUCGGCCGAAUCAGCUCUAAGCAAAAGCAAUACCGAGUAUCAUAUUCUAGCGGUGGAUGAUAGUAGAAUUGACCAAAAAGUUAUUGAAAGACUUUUGAAGUCAGCAUCUUACAAAGUUACGACUGUGAAUAGUGCUUUGCGAGCAUUGAAGUACCUGGGUUUAUCUGAAAGUUGCGCUUCUCCAGUGAUGCCCGAUAGAAAUGCUGUGCACCUAAUCAUGACGGAUUAUUGCAUGCCGGAAAUGACUGGUUAUGAACUUUUGAAGAUUGUGAAGGCUGAGACUUCGGCUUUUAAGGAUGUACCAGUUAUUCUGAUGUCAUCAGAAAACGAUAGCAGUCGCAUCGAAAGAUGCCUCGCAGAGGGCGCUGAAGAGUUCAUCAUUAAGCCUGUACAGAUGAAAGAUGUACAGCGAUUGCAGGGUCAUAUUAGAUCCUCUGGUCCAUCUUCUGGAUUCAGCGUGACCCCAAAUUCGUUGGUUUGUAGGAAAAGAAAAUCCCCUGAUGGUUUGAAACCAAAUAGCCCUGUGAAAAGACCAAGAUUUGAUGGAGUUGCUGUUGCCUAAGUAGAAUUUUCAGACUGUCUCCACUUUUGGUUAUCUGAAACCUGGGUCAGAUGCAGAAAUUUGACCAGGAAUCUACGCGGUGAUGCAAGUUUCAAGUUCUGCAAGACACUAGAGGACUGAAUGAUUUUCAGGCAUACUAAACCCCUCUGCAGACAUUUCAGGCGCCUAUGAAUAUGGUAGUCAGUGAUCUUGCACUCAGAAACAUGCGGAGAAAGUAAAAGCUAGAUGAGUUUAGAGAUUUUCUCGGGGAGCCGAGCAUAGGUUAUGCUGCAAAGAUAUUCAUCGAGAAUUUCAUAAAAGGUCUGCAGCUAUGAUUCGCACAGGAGACAAGAGCAACCUUCAUUUUACACUGAGAAAUCUGUACCAUAGUUGCAACAGUGUUCUCUGAAUUUGUGUUUUGCCAGGUGUAUUAAAAUCUCAUGACAAGACUUGUUUCCCAGGACAACCCCCUAAUAUACGUUCAUACCACGUUUGUGUGGUUUUUACCCUCCGAA